AUGACUCCCACACCGCCCUCUACAACAUCCUCAAGCGGCCACUCGCCAGAGUUUAGAGUGAUCCGGAAACGAAAUCGAGUCCCGCUUUCAUGCGCCCCUUGCCGACACAGGAAGCUGAAAUGCAACCGCGGACACCCAUGCGAAAACUGCGUCAAACGGGGCGAUGGCCCCUCUUGCUCCUAUGCCCAGACCGGUACCCGGAAGAAGAACUCGUCUCAACAGGCAUCUCCAACGUCACCAGAUGACAUGCAGAACCGAAUCGAUCGCUUGGAAGGCUUGGUUCUCUCCUUGAUGACCAAUGGGACACAAUCGGACGGACCGGCCGCUGCUAUGGCUGCUAUAUCGGGCGAGAGCACGACAGGGUCAACUGGUUUGUCAAAUGAGAUCGAGUUGGACGAUGACGAGGGGCCGGAGAGUGAUACCGAACAGGUCACCAAGUCCUUUGGUAUUAUGAAGGUGGACAACAACAAGUCCUACUACAUCAGUGAAGCUCACUGGGCAUCCGUCUUGAAUGAUAUUUCCGAGGUAAAGAAUUACUUCGCCACGCAUAAGAAGCAGUUCGAGGAGCAAGCGGAAAAGGUCAAGGCUACCCGCCCGCGGACCGAUGUCCCUGAAUCCACAUUGCUCUUCGGAGCCAUGAAACCGUUGAGUCGACCCGAAAUUAUGGCUUCAUUGCCGUCAAAGUAUACGGCAGAUCUUCUCGUAGCUCGCUAUUUCAACACGUACGAUCCGGCUACCCACAUUCUCCACGGUCCGACCUUCCAAUCGCAAUAUAAUAAGCACUGGGAGGAUCCGUCGCAGACAGAGCUGGUUUGGAUUGCCAUGCUGUUUGCUAUGAUGAGACUCGCAAUGCUCUCCUAUUACCGGGAGGGUGACGAGCCUCCGGAGUUUCGUGGCAAGGCUAUGGACAUGGCUGGAUCUUUCCGCAAUUCUGUUGCCCAAUGCUUGACCCUGGCAGACUAUACCAAGCCACACCCGUUCCUCAUCGAAUCGCUGGUAUUCCAUCUCCACGCUGAUUAUACCCAGACCUGGGAGGCCGAUAUCUCAGUGUGGGUGUUGACAGGCGUGAUUGCCCGUCUCGCUAUGCGUAUGGGAUAUCACCGCGAUUCGAAGAUGUUCCCCAACAUCACUCCCUUCCAAGGUGAGAUGAGACGACGCGUCUGGUCCUUUGUGGCAACUGCAGAUCUGCUCUUUUCUUUCCAAGUUGGUAUGCCGAGCAUGCUCCGUGAUGCCGAUAUGGACACGGAAUUGCCUCGCAAUCUCUACGACGAUGACUUUGAUGAAAAUUGUCUAGAACUUCCACCACCUCGCCAGCUGAGCGAGCCGACCCCGAUUUCCUACUUGAUCUCCAAAUGUCGACUGGUAUACGCUUUCGGGCGGGUUAACGAGCAGAUGUCCUCGCUCUCGUCGACUUCCUACGACAAGGUGAUGGAGCUUGAUGCAGACCUGCGCCGUGCGAGAGAGCUGAUCCCCGACCACUUGCACAUCCGACCGUUCGAAGAGUGUGCACUUGACCCGGUCAAUCUUAUUACAUCGCGAUUCUCUGUCGCAAGCAUUUAUCUCAAAGCACAAUGUGUGCUGCACCGACCCUAUCUGGUUCGGUCCCGGGAGAACCCCCGGUUCACGUAUUCCCGACGCACAUGCAUCGACUCCGCUUUGGAGCUGCUCAAGUUCCACGCAACCUUGCAGUCAGAGGUAGGAAACGGACGUCUACGCGGCCGCUGCAUCGCCGUCACUCCUAUCAACGCGGCCGAUUUCCUCCUGGCCGGCACGAUCACCUGUCUUGAUCUCUACCACACCUUUAACCUCCAGAACUCCGGUCGUCCGUCUGGCGACACCUAUACCUGGGGUCAAGAGCGGCGCGAUGAAAUGCUGGCUGCGAUCAAACGCUCGAAAGAGAUCUGGGACGAGACGAGCGACAAAAGCAUGGAGUCGUUCAAGGCAAGCAGUGUUAUCGGCGUCAUGCUUAAGAAACUGCAAAUCGCGAACCCAAGCUCCGAGAAUGGCACUGGAAACGUCCCGUUCGAGCUUCAGGAUGAGAAGCAAAAUGCCGCAAUUACACUUGGCCUCCUGAGUAGCGGAAUGAGUCCUAUGAACCCGGGCCCGCCUCCAUACUCAGAUCCUAUGUUCAAGAUGUCCGACUCGCCCAUGCCGACUGUGGGUUCGGCUGAGAUGCCGGGCGCCGCUUCGCCAUUCAGUAGCAUGUUUGGUCAAAUGCCGGACAUGCAGGUCAACCUUGAUUGGGACGCAUGGGACACCUACCUUCAAAAUCCAGGCUUCGACACGAACCCAACCCCAUUCUGGCCAAUGACAAACCCUGGUAUGGGCGUCCUACCACAACAGCAUCAACAGCAGCAGCAGCAGCAGCAACAGCAGCAAGCCAUCCCAAACCCCAUGGUGAACUCGCGGACUCCUUCAAUCUCGAACAACGCUCCAAGCGGCCAACGCGUACCCAACAUGUUCAGCCCCAACUCCAAUAGCUCCGACGGUGGAAGCGGGUCAAUACCCGGAUUCACACCCAUGUCCCAGCAAAGUACGAAUACCGGACGGAGUCAAGGAUCAAUGUAA